UCUGUAUCUCAGUCCACCCUGUUCUCUCCUCUGCAGGUGAACCUCCUGAGAAGUCUUCACUAUGAACAGUGGUUUCACCAUGCGCUCCAUCUCAGGUGGAGGUGUGGGUUCCUUGGGUGGGAGCUUACUUGGAACCAGGACUAGAGGCAGUGGAGGCUUGGGGCAGAAGAUGUAUUCCCAAAGUGUGUAUGCUGGUGGACGCAGUGGUGGACCAAGAAUCUCCACUGCCUCUGUUAGUUAUGGAUACGGCAUGGGUGGUGGUGUCGGCUGGGCUGGCGGUGCUGGAAGUGGUGGUGGUGGUGGUGUCGGCUGGGCUGGCGGUGCUGGAAGUGGUGGUGGUGGUGGUUUCGGCUGGGCUGGCGGUGCUGGAGGCGGCUGGGCUGGCGCUGGUGGUGACAUCGAUAUUUCAACCAACGAGAAGGCCACCAUGCAGAACCUGAACGACCGUCUGGCCUCCUACCUGGAGAAGGUGCGCAACCUUGAGAAGGCCAACGCAGAGCUGGAGCUCAAGAUCCGCCAGUUCUUGGAGAGCAAGACCUCCCCUACUGCCCGCGACUACUCAGCUUAUGAGGCCACCAUUGCCGACCUGCAGGGAAAGAUCCAGGAUGCCACCCGUGACAAUGGAGGCAUCUAUCUCCAGAUUGACAAUGCAAAACUGGCAGCAGACGACUUCCGAAUCAAAUAUGAGAAUGAGCUCGCCAUGCGUCAGUCAGUGGAAGCAGACAUCGCCGGUCUGAAGAGACUGUUGGAUGAGCUGACACUGGCCAGAUCAGACCUGGAGAUGCAGAUAGAGGGCCUGAAGGAGGAGCUGAUCUUCCUUAAAAAGAACCACGAGGAGGAAAUGGCUGCCAUGAGAACCCAGAUGAGUGGACAGAUCAAUGUGGAGGUGGAUGCAAAAAAACAGCCAGACCUGAGCGCCGUGAUGGCUGAGAUCCGUGACCAGUAUGAGACUGCGGCUGCCAAGAACCAGAAAGAACUUCAAGUUUGGUUCCAAACAAAGACAGAAGAGCUGAACAAAGAGGUGGCAGCCAGUACUGAAAGUCUCCAAGUUUCCAAAUCUGAAACCACAGAAAUCCGUCGCACACUGCAGGGCUUGGAGAUCGAGCUACAGUCACAACUUAGCAUGAAAGCAUCGUUGGAAGGCACAUUACGUGACACAGAGGCACGGUAUGCUAUGCAGCUCCAAAGUCUCCAAAUGCAGGUGACCAGCUUGGAGGAGCAGUUGCAGCAGCUGCGCUGUGACAUUGAAAACCAGAGCCAAGAGUACCGCAUGCUGCUUGACAUCAAAACUCGCCUGGAGGGUGAAAUCGCACAGUACAGGGCGCUGUUGGAUGGAGGGGGCAGUCUUGUUGAUGAAAUAAGCACAACACGCAAGGUGUUGGUGAAGACAGAGGAGCUGAGGGAUGGCAAGGUGGUGUCCACCUCCACCACCACCGCCACCAGUUAGUUUGCCCUCACAGCAAACCAAGGAGCAGACACUGAGAGCCAUCAGAACAACACCUGAAUGUAAACCUUCAUGUACUCAUGAAUGCAAUAAACGGCUGAAAGUUUGCUCCCUU